AACAAAUAAAUCCCUUGGGAAAUUUUGAAGCAUAUGACCGUAGGUAAAUUGAUUGUUUCACUUGUACGCUACGUUAUUUUACGCGAACAGCUCUCCUGGACCGCUAAACGACCUGCUCAAAGUGUGUAGCAGCAAAACAAUCCAUCGCGAAAAGAAAAAAAAUACCAGAGAUAGCUACACAUUUCUAAUUGUGAGAUGAAUCAAGCGGAGUGUGAUAAUAAAUUGAUCCUUUCGGGAGAUCCGGAGCCGGUUAACAUUGCCGAAGGAUGUGGCUCAUUAGGAAUGUUCUUGAUGAAACGUUUGUUACGCCACGGUGAUAACGUAGCGGUGAUCGAUGGUGUGUACUCCAGUGAGCUGCGGUACAUGGAAUUACUGGAAACCGGUGUGCGGUUAGCCGACGGCCUUCGAAAUCAGGCGAAUUUGCGAACGGGUGAUGUGGUGGGAAUCAUAAGCGAAAAUCGGCUCGAAUUUCCUGUUGCCUUGUACGCAUCGUUUUUCGCUAAUGCCGCAGUUGCGCCGAUUAAUUUGACGUACACCGAGCGCGAAUUCGACCACGCGCUUAAUUUGUCGAAACCAAAAAUACUGUUCGUUUCGCCAUAUUCUGCGGAACGGGUGAUUGCGGUAGCACGCAAAAAUCGGCAUUAUAUUGAGCAUAUUUUCCUGUUCGGCGACGAGAAUCCGUUCGGACCGGACGUGACUCUUUACGAUGAUUUCCUCUCACGGACAAGUGCCAUCAAUCCGUACUGCUUCCACAGCGAACCAACGAACCUCGAAGAGCAAGUAGCACUGAUUAUGUGUUCUUCUGGAACCACCGGCUUGCCGAAAGGUGUGCAGCUAACGCAUCGAAACAUCAUGGCCAGCGUUUCGUUGCUAACCAUGAUGGAAGCUUCGAUCGAAGGGCCGGUCGUUGUGCUGAGUGUCAUACCAUGGUUCCAUGCGUUCGGCUGUCUCACGCUAAUCAAUGUUAUUUGCAACAAGCUAAAGUUAGUAUUUUUACCAAAGUUUGAGGAAGGAUUGUUCCUAAGCUGCAUUGAAAAUUAUCGCUGUUCCUUUGUGUUUGUCGUGCCCCCGUUGAUGGUAUUUUUGGCUAAACAUCCACUAGUGGAUAAUUACGACCUCAGCAGCGUCGACACGCUGCUAUGUGGGGCUGCCCCACUCAGCAAGGAAACUGAGGUUUUGGUGAAGAAACGUAUCGGUGUGAAGCAUAUUCUGCAAGGGUACGGGAUGAGUGAAACUACGUUAGCAAUGUUGGUACAGUCGAACGAUUGCAGAAAACCUGGUAGCGUCGGGAAACUGCAGGUUGGUACAAUGGCGAAAGUAGUGGACAUAACAUCCGGGAAAUUGCUCGGCCCCAACGAACCAGGCGAACUGUACUUCAAAGGCACACAGAUUAUGAAAGGAUACAUUGGAAAUGAAAAGGAAACAAAACAAACAAUCGAUCAGAACGGUUGGCUUCGUACCGGCGACAUUGGUUACUACGAUGAGGACGGAGAAUUUUUCAUUAUCGAUCGAUUGAAAGAGCUUAUCAAGUACAAAGGGUUUCAGGUACCACCGGCCGAAAUCGAAGCUAUUUUGCUGACAAAUCCAAAAAUUAAAGACGCCGGUGUUGUUGGACUACCGGACGAACAAACCGGAGAGCUACCGUUGGCGUUUGUGGUCAAACAGCCCGGAGCAAGUCUUACGGAAGAGGAGGUGCAAGGAUAUGUGGCUGCACGUGCAUCACCGGCAAAGCGUUUGCAUGGUGGGGUACGUUUUGUUUCGGAAAUACCAAAGAAUGCUAGUGGAAAAAUUUUAAGGCGUGAACUUCGGGCUAUGUUACAGCGACCACUUUCGAAGCUGUAAAUUACAGCGAUUUGGUGCUUAAGGGGAGAUACAUACAGUCAGCAUGUUCGUAUAUCUUUUAAAGCAUUUUCCGAUUACUUCAGGGUUCCGAUAUCCUCCUGUCGUAUGGACUGGCGCCGUUUAUCACAUACACCCCCGGACCGUCCCAAAAACCGUUUUCAUGUGGUUUGAAAAUAAUUUGUCCAAAUCUAAAUUAUAUACUAGCUUUAUAUAUCUUCCUACAAGAUAUUUUUAAAUUUCUGAGUUAUAAUGCUUUGUGACGAAAUGCCAAUGGACAUCAGCCAACGGAUAACGGUCCGAAGGUAUGUAAAAACUUCGUUUUUGUGUUAAAUAAAAAUAUACUCCUAAUUUAAU